GUCAAAACUAAACUGGACACAUGCUCGAACUUCCUAUUUCCCGACGUAAUUAUAGCCAAGUAAGGCUAAUUUUAUUAAAAAAAUGGAUAGAAUUUUAAGAGGAAUUAUGAGAUAUCGUGUCUUAGACAGAGCAAGCAUGGUUAAACAGUUUGAACAAGUUCGGGACAAUCCUGUGCCAAAAGCUAUAUUUUAUAGUUGUAUGGACAGUAGAAUGAUUCCCACAAGAUUUACGGAAACAUCUGUUGGUGAUAUGUUCGUUGUGAGGAAUGCCGGAAAUCUCAUACCACAUUCUCAAGCUUUUGUAGAUGAGAUGACAAGUUGUGAACCAGCAGGUUUAGAGCUUAGUUGUGUUUUAAAUGAUGUUAAGCAUGUAAUUGUUUGCGGCCACAGUGACUGUAAGGCGAUGAAUCUUCUUUACAAAUUAAAAAGUGACGAAGAAUCGAGUCUAGAACAAAGAAGAAUCUCACCACUUAAAUCUUGGCUUUGUACUCAUGGAAAGUCAAGUUUAGAUAAAUUCUUAGAUGUUAAAGGAAAUUUUGAUAAACCUAUAUUAUUUUCUGCUGAGACUCCGCAGAGAAAGUUUGUAGCUUAUAUCGAUCCUGAAAAUAAUUUUUGUAUCGAAGACAAAUUGUCACAGGUCAACACUUUACAGCAAUUACAAAACAUCGCAUCAUAUGGAAUGUUAAAAAAACGCUUAGAAAGACAUGAUUUACAUAUUCAUGCCUUAUGGUUUGAUAUUUACACUGGAGAUAUAUAUUACUUUAGCCGAAGAGCUAAACGAUUUCUUAUAAUAGAUGAAUCAAGCUACGAAAUUAUUUUAGCUGAAAUCCGAAGAUAUUACUCAUAACAAUUAUAAUACUAUGAUUCUAAGUACAUUUAUUGCUUAAGUAAUUAUAUCACCACCAGCGGAUGGGACCAAGAUAUUUUUUUGAAAUUUGUUAUAUAUUUCUACUAAAUUAUUUAUAUUUUAUUGUGAUACCAAAUUAAACAUUUAAAUUUGGAUGUUUAAUUUAUAAAA